UUCAUCGCCUGAAAAUAAGAGAGUCAGGAUCGAAGCAUCAGAUGAACAAUCAUGGUUUCAACAUGAUAAAAUUAACAUACAGCAACUUUAUGAAAUUAACAUGCAGAAUACACAAAAUGCAACUUCCUGUACAACUGUCAGCUCACCACAUGGUAUUGAUGCACAAUUCAUAAAUUAUUUUGUGACAUCACCUACUGUUGGAAGAAAUGUAAAUGCACCAAAUUUAGCUGAACAAUCGCAUGCUUCGUCAUCAUCAAAUAUCAUUUCCGCUUCAAACGCAAAUGCUCUACGUGUUAGAAAUACUUCACAAUAUGCUUCUAAUAGUAUGCGUGUUCACCGUAGUACAUUUGUACCAGUCUGGUAUGUUUCUCCAAAAGUUCUUCUAGUAGAUGAUGACUUG